AGAGUGCAAGAACAAGCCUAACAGUAGACAGUAUUCAUCCAUGCUGAAAUCAGAAAGCAUGCUGCCAAAACUGAUUGUCAUCUGCACCUUCAUUGGCUAUUUGAAUGCCUUUCAGGUCACACAGCCCAAUCUUGUUGCUGCCAACAGCAGUGGAUUUGUCAUAAUGACAUGUGAUUACAAAUACAGCAAAGAGAUCAUAGAAUUAAAGACUUACCUGCUUCGGGCAAGACACAAUGACACAAUAAGUUGUGAGACUUCAGUGAACGACAGCAAGAAAGGGAUCCACUGCCUGAUGGAACGUUACAACAACAGUGUGGCCCUCACCAUCACACUGUUCAAUGUCUCAGAUGCAGAUCUGUAUGUUUGCAGAGUGGAAGUAAGAUCCCCUCCUCCAUUUGUUUAUGGUGAGGGGACAGGGACCAUAUUAUAUGUUGCUGAGACGUCACAGAUUCCACGUUCUGAAUAUACCGACUUUAAUUGGCCUGUGGUCUGGAUUAUUGCAGGAGUCAGUGGGCUUCUCUUGCUCUACAGCAUUAUCAUAACUCUUACCUGCUUACACGCAAAGAAAAGAAACACGGGUGAACCUGAAAGCAACAGUGAAUACAUGGAUAUGAGGAAAGUGAUGUCAGAAAAUACAAACAGGAAGAAAGAAAGGGACAGAAACCACAAUUCGGAACAAUUUCAUUUUUAAUUAUAUAUUACUACCCACAGUGUUAUUUUACUGAAACUGUAGAAGUUAACUCAUGUGCAUUUUGUUUUACACAAUAUAUUAUGAUAUUAAUUAAAACAUGAAACGAGACGCUUCAUAAUAGUGGGGAAAAUGCAUUGUAGUAAACAAGAAGAGCCAGUUUUUGCAUUAAGUUGUGAAAAUGAUUAUAAUUCUCCCACUUUUAGAGCUUGCAGAAGCAAAAGAUUUGCUUGACUGUUAUCACAUUUAUAUUACUGUUAGUAUCAAGACAAUGUCCUGUACUGUCCUGAAUGAGAGGCACUGUUACUUUGCUAUUCAGCACUUUACCUCCCAUGGCUCAUGUUCAUGCACUGUAUGUUUGAACCAUAAUAUUAGGAGGAGGCUGAGCAAAAUAAAAUCAAGGUUUUAGCUGCUAACAAUUAUGAUGGGCAGAACUGAUGCUGUUCAGCAAACACACCAUCCCCACUGCUUCUGUCAGACAGACUGACAGACAAAAAGGAAAUGUGUUGGCUAAAACUGGCAGCAUUCUACCAGUUUCAUUCAGCGAUUUUGCUACUGGGGAAUACUUCAUUUUAGGGAAAGACUGAAGCUCCUAAAGCCUCCCCUUUAAAACAGUUUUGCUCACUUUAAGCUAUUUUAAAUACUGGUAGAUCAUUACUGAUUGUAUUUUAUAUAUGUUAUUG